AUGAGCUCGCAGCAGAAAAGAAGGGUUCGUGGAAAAGAGGCACAGAGAAGAAGGGAGCAAAGAGAAAGCUUAAGACAAAAAACUGGAACAAAAAGGAAAACUACGAAUAACAAUAAUGUCAUAAGUACAAGCACUGGCUAUAAAACAGAUUCUGCUCGAAAGAUGGCAGUUUUGCGUUUGAGGGCGAAAAUUCCGAAAGAUGCUGAAAAAUUUGCACAUCUUAUUGCUGACUGUCUUAUUGACAAGAAAUACAGGCUAUCUAGAGAGCCGAAUGUUAGACAGGGCUACAUCACAAAGCUUUCCAGGGAAGUUGAACAAACAGGCUCAGUGGAAAUCAGGAGAAGAACUACAAAAGAUGCAACGUGUUUAGAUGUUAUACAAAACAUCCAGUCUUUCUAUCAAAGUCCUAAAAUUGCUCGAGAGUUACACUGCAUGAGAACAUCUAAAGCCCAACAGCAGAGGUUCAUUACGGAAGUCUCAAUACAGAGAGCUUUUGACAUGUGGAGGGCCGAAAAUCCUGAACAUAAUGUUGUUUCAUUGUCAGUUUUCCAGAAACUGAGACCGUCUCAUGUUCUCCUACAAAGAUCUACAACACUGCGUCAGUGUCUUUGCGAAUACUGUACCAGUAUUAUGUUUAAGUUGAAAGCGCUAAAUAGGGCAUUAUCUUUGUGUACUGGUAACCAGAAAACUCUGAUAGUGAAGCAUAAAUAUCACUUACUUGAUCUCACAAUGUGUCCUAAGGUGAACAAGUUUCAUGAGCCGAAGUGUAUCGAGCGGAGUUGUCAGAAGUGUGGAGAAGGGCUACUUGCUGAACAUUUUUCAGACUUCAGCAGAUUGCAUGGUGAAAAAAUGAUCUCGUGGCAGGCAUGGGAAACACAAACCUAUUUCCAUGAGGGAAAGCAAAAAUCUAAAAAAGUUCAGGUUACGAGGAGAGACAAGUUUUCACAAUUAAUGAGAGAACUUACAGGAGAAUGUGGGCCAUUAGCAAAACAUGUUUUUACUGCCAAUUGGCAGGCCGAUAUCUUUUCACAUAUUAAAACUAAGCUUCCUUCAGGAUGGUGUCUAUUUGUCAUGGGCUUUGCUGAAAACUUUGGAUGUAUUUCCCAAGAUGAAAUUCAAGCUGCCCAUUGGGCUAAAAAUCAGGUCACAGUGCACCCAAUUGUAUGCUUUUAUCACUGCCAGCAUGAACAGAAAUCUCAUAUUGUUCAAGAGGCGUUAGUCUUCAUAUCAAAUGACUUAAAACAUGACAAUCACUUGGUCAACCAUUUUGAAUCAAAAAAAAAUUAUUCAUUAUAUAGUACUUAUUCAAAUCGAUCUUUAUCAAUAACAAUAUUAUUCACAGCCCUGUUGCUCUGGAAACAGAGCUUCAGACUGUGGCUGUCCGUGCUUCAUUGUUUGAAACAAUCACAUUAUGUUCAGUGUAUAUUCCUCCUAACAUUUCUUUCUCAGCUUUGCAGUUACAUAAUUUAAAAGAGCAAUUGCCAAAACCUUUUAUAAUAAUGGGAGAUUUUAAUUCCCAUAACCCCCUUUGGGGCAGUAAUACCAUAAAUUAAAAGGGCAAGAUAAUGGAAGACUUGUUAUCGAAGGAGGAACAGUGUUAUUUCAAUGACGGUUCUAAUACCUAUUUACAUCCGGGUAAUGGCACUUAUUCUGCUAUCGAUCUCACUAUCACAGAUCCAUCACUUCUCCUUGAUUUUUCUUUGUGGUAGUGACCAUUUUCCUAUAAUCCCUAGAGCAUAUCACUUCUAAUUCUUUAGAACGUGUAGCUAGGUGGAAAUUCGAUAAAGCAGAUUGGAUCACUUUUGAGAUGUUUUGUAAGGCUGAUAUCA